UCGACUUUUAAAUUUGCUUCCUAUUACACCGACCAUAUGGUGCUGCAACAAGGAGCUAGUGGAGCGAUCGUGUGGGGAACAUCCUCCCACUUAGGGGACACGGUUCAGCUGUUUCUGAAUGGUCAUAAGGUCUCUGAUGAUGUUGUCACACAAAACGCAUCAGGGGUUAUGACAUGGAUAGGAAAAGUAGCGGUCACUGGUAACAAUUAUGGUCCUUAUACUUUAUCUGCAAAAUCAAGUGAAGGGACGAUAACCCUACAUGACGUGAUGUUCGGUGAUGUGUGGGUAUGCUCUGGACAGAGUAACAUGGAAUUUGGCGUGUAUGGAUUGCUCAACGCUAGCGCAGAGUAUGUAGAGGCUUCUAGUUACAGCAAUAUCCGUUUAUUCAAAGCACAACAUGCACAGUCUGGGAUUGAACUACAAGAUUUCAAUGUGAAACCUGCUUCGCAUUGGACUACUGCUCAAGGAAACCUGGGUGGUUUUUCGGCUGUGUGUUGGUUAUUUGGAAAACAAAUGUCGUCACAAUUCAAAUAUCCAAUCGGAUUAAUCGAGUCGAAUUGGGGUGGAACGAAAAUUGAAUGGUGGUCUUCGACGUCUGCCUUAAGUCAAUGUUCUCAUUCCGGAAAAAGAAACAUCCAUAACUCUGAUCUGUGGAAUGCAAUGAUGCAUCCUCUGACUCGAAACACAAUUUAUGGCGCUAUCUGGUACCAAGGGGAGGCAAAUGCUGGACGGCCUGAUUUGUAUAGUUGUCAGUUCCCAGCUAUGAUAAACGACUGGAGACAAAAAUUUAGCUCGGCAUCCCUUCACACAACGUCAGCAGAAUUUCCAUUUGGAUUUGUACAGCUGGCACCUUGGAGAACAGGAGAGGAAAAUAAAGGGUUUCCGUCUCUGAGAUGGGCCCAAACAGCACAUUAUGGGAAAGUACCAAACGCGAAGAUGCCAAAUACAUUCAUGUCUGUGACUAUAGACCUACCAGAUUUUACUUCCCCAUACGGCAGCAUACACCCACGUUUCAAACAGGAUGUGGCUUCCCGUUUGGCAUUGUCAGCACUCGGUGUAGCGUACCAUCAGUCUGGACUGGAAUUUGAAGGUCCUUAUCCGUCAGACUACCAUUUGACAGGACACUCUCUAAACAUAGAAUACGACCAAGGACGAACGCCCAUUAGAGUGAACGAUAACGUUACUAACUUUGAGGUUUGUUGCUCUACUACAAUAUGCGAUAAAAACAACGGAAAUUGGUUACCAGCACCUGUGGCAUCACACGAUAUAUCGUCUGUAACACUCAGUACGAGUCGGUGUGGCCAAACGACCGUCUCCGCUGUCCGAUAUGCGUGGCGAGAAAGCCCAUGUGAGUUCAAGAAGUGUGCUGUGUACGGAAGGGAUACAGACCUCCCGGGGCCACCAUUCUACAACAGUUUCCUUUGA